AUGGCUCAAAGUCGCUCUAUGGAAUCCCGCACAGGGAGGACAAAUCAACGUUACGGUUCCAAGGGCGAAAGACUCGUGGCCGGUGUGGUCCCUCUCUCCGCGGACAAGACAAAGGUCCUUAUGAUUGAGUCUGCCGGGCCUGGAGGAUGGGUUCUCCCCAAAGGUGGUUGGGAGACUGAUGAAGGCACUGCGCAGCAGGCGGCCUGUAGAGAGGCAUGGGAGGAAGCUGGUGUCAUCUGCACGGUUCAGAAGGACUUGGGUCUCAUACCGGAUAUGCGCCCCUCGACGCUACUCACCUCGCAGGCGCCCAAAGCCUCGUACCAGUUCUUCGAGGUCACAGUGGAUCGCGAAGAGACGCAGUGGCCAGAAAUGCAUAAGCGAAAACGGCAAUGGGUGACAUAUGCCCAAGCUGCUGCUGCAUUGAUCAGCCGCCCCGAGCUUUUGGAGGCGCUGAAUCGCAGCUCGAUCCAACGAUAG